AUGCUAUUACAAAUCUAUCCCUCGCUCUUGGAUGCUCCCGCCGAUACUGCCCGAAGAAAGCUCAUACAAGAGGGCGGAGUGUAUGUGUCGUGUCUGGCGACGACGAGGGUGAAUAGGAAAGAAGCGCAGGAGAAGGUGGACUGGGAGCUGAAUCGGGAUCUUGCUACUAGAGCCAAAGCCGACGGAUCCAGAACAGCUAUCCUCGUAUCCGGCUCUCACGCAUCCCCCGACUCGUCAUUCUUUUACCUCCGCAUCAGAGGCCAGCUCGAAGAACACUUUGCCACCCUCGGCUUCGACCAUGUCGUUAUCCUCAAGCCCGGCAUGCUGCUUGGGCCCAGGUAG